AUGGGCCAUGCACCCUCGAGACGCAACACUGUUGAUGUCAUCUUGCCGGCCAACAGCAGGGCAGUUCUCCACCAGUUGCAUAAGUGGCGGCACAGGGACGUGCUGGUGUGGGUGAAGAGCACAUACGAUCGAGUGGACUUCCACCGUCCCACAGACGCCAUCUCCUUCAACAUGCUUCCAUACAGCCGGGAGUGGCACGCCAUGGUGCAUCAAGCCAUGGCCCGCCUGCCCCCCCGGUACAUUGCAGUGCACUACCGCUCCGAGUUCAUCGCCUUCCACCUCGCACACAAGCUAGUGCAAAGAGGCUUCAAGGUGGAGACGGGCGUGCUGGAGGAGCUGAUGGCGGGGUGCAUGGAGGCGGCUCGCAACCUCAUCAACCGCAUAAAGCGCCGCCACAACAUCUCCACCGUCUUCGUCGCCGCCGACGUGCCGUUUGAUGACAAGGCGGGCAGCGUGGUGCGGUCGGACUCGUGGAACGAGACCACGUGGAUGUUCCAAGGGCAAGAGAAGGUGCUGGAGGCCCCGCGGGAGAAGCUGCGGUGGCUGAGGGAGCAGGUGGCGGGCACAGUGAUGGUGGACGAGCUCAUGCCCACCAUCAACCACUACGACCCUGGCAUUGUUGCCAUAUUGGACAAGCUGCUGUGUGCACAUGCCCACAUGUUCCUAGCUGGAUCCAUCACAUACCCUCCCUCAUAG